AUGGAGACCGGCGAGCAUUGUGCACUGGAGACAUGCGGGCGGCUGUCCUUCCUGCCAGUCCCUUGUCCGCUCUGCAUCACCACCUUUUGCGAAUCGCAUUUCUUGCCCGACCAGCACGCCUGCGCAAAGGCCCAGUCGACGGUGCUCAGUGACGAUGAGCUUCUGCGACGCAUCGAAACUUCGGGCUCAUCAGGUCGGCUGCCGUGCCAGAAGCAAGGAUGCAAAAAGCUCAGCUUCGAAGUCCAGGCGCCUCUUUCACAGAACCGAACGGUAGCCUCGGAUCCAGGCCUGCCGUCCAGUUCACGACGGACCUUUACGCAUGCGGCGCCCAGAUGCGACCGGUGCAAAGGGCUCUUCUGCGCGAUGCACCGAUCUGCGAUUAGCCAUGGCUGCACAGCCCAGGCACCCCUUACCGAAGGUCAACGCAAGCUGCAGGCUAUCGAGGAUCGCAAGAAGAAGGCUGCCGCACUGAUCGCAAAGAACUUUCCGAACCGAGGAAAGACGAAUCUGUGGGCCUCUUCGCAGCUGUCGGCAGAGAUGCAGAAAGUGCCGCCAAGAUCGAGCUCGGCAUUUACGCCGUCGAAGCUGCCUCCUGCUCGCUUGGCCUGGUCCUUGGCCAGCGAGUCGGUGUCUUUCAGCGCGACGAGCAUGAUGGGCGAGAAGAAGAUGGAAGAUCUGGCCAUGACGCCUAGUCGAAUGCUUCCGGACGUUGGCGACUCUCGCAAGAUCCAGGCAGACAAAAAGAUGGAAGGAGAAAUAGCAGAAACGCAAGCCGUGGCUGAUCAUGUCGCCCCACCAACGGAAAGGCAUGCUGAUGAAGCCAUCAUCACAGAUCUCAAUCACGGACCAGGCGAACAACUUUUGGAUGCUGUGACCGCAACGGAAACGCGCUCAUUGGGAAAGGACGCUACAACGAAGGCGGAUGUGCCCGUCGUAGAUGCACCGACCGACACGACUCUUCUUACAACUACAUCGGCUGCAGGAGCUCCAGUCGACGCACCAGCAUUGUCCUCAGAAGUCCUCGCGUCCCAGCCGCUUCAACCAUCAGCAGACACGGACAAUCACGCUGCGAAUGUAAUCGACCAGAUUUCGGAUGAUCAGUCCGCUGGAGAGCCUCACUCAGCGGAUCAAGUAUCGGAUCUCGCAACUUCAAAGGAAGAUGACGAAAGCUUUGUCCCACCGGACAUGGAGCACAUUGUCAGUACGGGUGCAACACAAGACUCUGCAGCAUCGAUGCAAGCAUUGCGAGAACUAGUUGCUCAAGCACGCGCUUCUUCGGGCCAGCCACGCGAAUCGCUUCCACCUGGAUUCGGCGACGACGACAUGGAAGCUUCCGCAGCGCCGCCCACGACCGAGCAGCGUGGGGAGAAACGCAAAGCAGAAGCGGAGCUCGAAGACCUCCUACAGACCAGCUCCGGUAUCGAAGAGGCCAAGGCUGCUGCUGAAAAGAGCCAGCAUCCAGAGACAAAGACGCUCUUGCAGAAAGCGCUCUCUUCGCUCUCUGGUCUAGUAUCACGCCGACCGAAGGCGGACGCUUCUCAAACAGCGUCGGCGCCAUCGGUGGCAGCUAAGCGCGACAAAGUCGCGGACGAAGAAAGCGAUUCCGACAGCGAUUCCAGCUCUGAUGACGAGUCUUCCAGCAGUGAUUCAUCCGAGGACGAGGACGAGGACGCAGAAAACAACGCUGGCAAUGCUGACCAAGCUUUGGCGGCCGACGACGAUGACGAAGAAGGUGGAGGCCCUGGCGGAAGCUCGGCGCCAGCGACCAAGAACGAGAUCCUGGCCCCAGAGGUCGAGCAGCCUGCUGUUCGAAUGCUGUCGGACACGGACAAAGUAACACUGCGGAAGCUGGGCAAGGUCCACUCCAUCGUUGACAGCGUCGUCGUAGUCGAGCAAGAUGUGCAGCAGACUUCGAAGUCAGACCCAGCGAGUAGCAAUCCCGCUCCGGUGGACAGCACCGGUCGACAAGGUGAGCGCGAGGGCGAAUACAGUGUCCUCGACACAGGCAGUCUGCUCUGCUUCGACGAUGGCCAGGUGCUCGGCCUCGUCUUUGAAACGUUCGGCUCGAUCCACAAUCCCAUGUAUUCGAUCCGCUUCCCUUCGGCCGCCACGAUCGACCGCGAUGCCGUCCAGACUCGACGCCCGGUCUUCUACCUCCCCGGCCAAAGCACUUAUGUCCUCACCCAGCUCCUGCGCUCCAUGAAGGGCAGUGACGCAAGCAACAUGUGGGACGAAGAGGUCGCUGACGACGAGAUCGACUAUUCGGACGACGAGCAGGAGGCCGAAGCCAAGCGUCGUGUCAAGGCCAUCCGUUCGGGCAAGGUGGAUGAGCAAGGUAACCCGCUUCCCUCCAACUCGAAUAGAAGCAACAAGCGCCAAAAGCAGCACGCCGCCGCUGCCGGCAACCAUACAUCUGGACCUCACCACGGCCCGGCAGGACCGAGCUUCCAUCAAGGCCCGCCCCAGAGCGCAGCGGGUGCGCGCAGCACGAUGACGAGCGCUUACAAUGGCCCGAAUGCGGGUCCAAGGCGCAAUGCUGGUCAAGCCCAGCCGGCCAACCCCCUUCCGCCCGCCAGCGCUGCUUCUCUCGGACCUGCCUUCCCUCACGGAAUCGCUUCGCUUCCGCCUAAACCAUCGGCAGGAUUGCCCUCCAGACCUAGUUUCAUCGCAGAGCCACCUUCCUCUUCUGCUCCCCGGCCGUCUGCUCCUGGACGAGAUCCGACGGGCGAGCUCUCGUCCAUGCCUCGAUCCAGGGUUGGCACGGCUGAAGGCCACCCAAGUGGACAGAGCCACAGCAGGAUGUCUAGCGGAGCUUCCGUCAAUCUACCUGCCAAGCCGAUAGACGCUGCUGCCGCAGCCGCAGCCGUCGCUGCUACUUCCAAGACGGGCUCGCCGAUGCCGCCGCAUCGAGCUCCGGCUUCAGCAGGCGGGAUGGGCUCGCCGUCGCAGCCCAGCCGACUCGCAUCGAAUCCUGCUUCCUAUCCCAGCCAGGCUUCUCCCGCCUGGUACUCUGGAUCCGGCCCAGCAACACCCAACACUCCGGCCUCGCCUGCCAUGCCGUCUCCCCACACAGCUGGUCGGGGAGCCGCAUACAGUCCUGGUGGUUCAGGCGUAUCGCAGCCGGCCCCAACAGGCCAUUACAAUCCUGCCUAUGCGGCUCAUUGGCAGCACGGCUACGCUCCCGCGCCCCCUUCAGCAGCGCCGCUUCACGCACCUGGUGCCAUGCCGUGGAACGGCUCACAGGCGUAUCCUGCACCGCCGUUGCAUUUUGGCCAAGGCGGCGUGCAUGCGCAAGCCUAUCCCGGCUACGGCGGUGGCUAUGGACAGUACGGUGCAGGCCCAGCAGGCGCGUGGAACGGCUCUGGCUAUCCAAGCAUGCAAUACAAUGGCUACGCUGCUGGUCCUGGCAGCAGCGCCGCGAUGCAGAAUAGCAUGCACGGCCAGCACGCAUCCGCCGUGCCACCGCAUGCUUACCCCGGUCACGCUGGAGGCGGUGAUGCGUACAGCACGUAUGGCUAUGGUGCACCUUCUCAGCAAGCUCCCGGUGCGGCUGGCGCGGAUAGAUACGACCCGAGGAGCCCCGCGAUGGCAAGCAACGGCAACACGAGCUCGGCCCAGCCCGACCUUGGCCCGCAGGGACAGUAA